ACCCCACAACCCCCUCUUUUAACUCUUCUCUCCAUCUCGCCGGCCACCGACACUUUUUUCCUUUUCCGGCGACCCUUCUCAUCUAUUCGCCACUUCUUUCAACAAUUCUCAGUUGUCACUAGAUUUGAAAAUCUAGAUGAAAGAUUUAAUGGUCUCUUUUCUUUCUAAUUUCUGCCAUUAAUGUGCUGCUGAAAUCCAAGGGGUUGGGUUCUGUUCUGUUCUGUGUAAUUGAGGAGUGCCUGGAAUGACGGUGCAUUUUCAUCACAAUUAAUUUCACUUGCUUCUUUUCUGCUAGACAAGUCUGCCAUUAAAUUCUAGUUGGAUCGGGCUUAAUUGUGUUAUGUUCCCUAUACAUAAUUCGGAUCUUGAUUACUUUCUCACAUACAUCGGUUCACCGACAAUUUAGCGGUUUUCUUCAGAUCUCUUUCCUUGGUAGAUACUUAGGGUUUGAGUUGUGGAUGUAUGAAACAGAUAUGUGUAGGGUAGACGAUAGAGAUAAGAAGAAGAGGAGGUUUGCAAUUGGAGCAAUGGGGUUGAAGACGUUAGGAGAAACUAGGGUUGCAAGGUUAAAGAGUUCUAUGGCGAAUGCAAGGUCUCCUAAGAUGAAGGUAUGGUUGAUUAGGGCAACAACCACGGUUUUGUUGUGGACUUGCUUGGUUCAGCUCACAGCAUUAGGGGGUACAUGGGGACCUAGGGUUUUGAAAGGUUGGCCUUCUUGCUUCACUCAAGAUUCUCAUUCUGCUGCUGCUUUAGAUAUAAAGUUGUUGCCCACUGUUCCUGCCAGAGUUCUUCCACCCAAGAGAGUUUACAAGAACAAUGGUUACCUAGUGGUUUCAUGUAAUGGGGGACUCAAUCAAAUGCGUUCUGCUAUUUGUGAUAUGGUUGCAAUUGCUAGAUAUUUAAAUGUUACUCUUAUAGUUCCCGAGCUGGAUAAAACUUCUUUCUGGUCUGAUCCAAGUGAGUUUGAGGACAUUUUUGAUCUUGAUCAUUUCAUUACAUCCUUGAGAGAUGAGGUCCGGGUGCUAAAACAGCUUCCUCCCAGGCUUAAAAAGAGAGUGGAAUUAGGAAUUGUGCAUACCAUGCCGCCCGUUAGCUGGUCUGAUAUUUCUUACUAUCAUAACCAGAUACUUCCUCUGAUUCAAAAAUAUAAAGUUGUGCAUUUGAACAGAACUGAUGCACGGCUUGCCAAUAACGGUCAGCCCCUUGAACUUCAGAAGCUCAGGUGCCGAGUAAAUUUCGGUGCUCUGAGAUUUACAACUCAGAUAGAAGAGUUGGGCAGACGGGUUGUUAAACUUUUGAGACAAAAUGGGCCUUUUCUAGUGCUUCAUUUAAGAUAUGAAAUGGAUAUGUUAGCAUUUUCUGGAUGUACGCAAGGAUGUAACGCUGAAGAGGUGGAAGAGUUGACAAGAAUGAGAUAUGCGUACCCAUGGUGGAAGGAAAAGAUAAUAAAUUCUGAUUUGAAAAGGAAGGAUGGUUUAUGCCCUUUGACUCCAGAGGAAACUGCUCUUACGCUAAGGGCACUGGAUAUUGAUAAUGAUAUCCAGAUUUACAUUGCUGCUGGUGAAAUAUACGGUGGAAAAAGGAGAAUGGAUAGUCUUGCAGAUGCCUAUCCGAAACUGGUAAGAAAGGAGACUCUAUUAGGUCCAGCUGACCUUCAGUAUUUCCAAAACCACUCAUCACAAAUGGCAGCAUUGGACUAUCUUGUAUCACUGGAGAGCGAUAUUUUUGUACCUACUUACGAUGGAAACAUGGCCAAAGUUGUAGAAGGACAUCGCAGAUUCUUGGGUUUCAAGAAGACAAUACUGUUGGAUAGGAGGCUUCUGGUUGAAUUAAUCGACAAAUAUAAUAGCGGGUUUUUGAGUUGGGAUGAAUUCUCAAAUGGUGUGAAGGAAGCACACGCAGAACGGAUGGGGAACCCGACAAAAAGAUUAGUGAUUUCAGAUAGACCCAAAGAAGAAGACUACUUCUAUGCCAAUCCAGAAGAGUGUUUGCAGGCAUCAGCAGAAGAUGAACCUGUGAGCAUCCUAUGAUGAGGCAUAUGCGGAUGAAUUUGGUCCGAAUUUGAAGAUUAUGAUUCCAUGGCCUCAAACCGGUCAGUGUACGAGGAUGAUAUGUCCAAAGAUACGAGGCUGCAACGACAUAGACUAAAUUGCAUUUUGAUGGAACGGGGUGGCAGACACGAGAGAUCUUUCCACGCAUAGAUAUGGCGUUCGAUUAUUAUUAAUGUCUUUGUUUUGAUUUCAUAUGUAUGGGUUAUUGUCAAUAACUGGCAUUCAUGUAUAGAAACCACCCUGACAUUGCAGGGUUAUUUGAAACGAAUGAUAUAGGAAUCAAAACAAAAUACGUUUUUUUUUUAUC